UACUUUUCAUAAAUACAUUUUUAAAUAUAUUUCUCCUAUAAUAAUUAGUAGUAACAUAUUUUGUGAUUAAAAAACAUUGGAUCAUAUGGUUAAUUAUAAGAUUUCUGUAACUUUCAGAACAAGUUCUGUUAGGCUUCCUUAAAUGGCAGAGACUAAUGUAUCCGAGGAUGAAACCACCAUGGAGCAACAUGAAACGGUCGAUGAGAUGCUUGCUAGGCACAGGCAAGAGAUAAAACAACUACAGAACAAGGAGACGGAGUUGAAAAAGGCUGCUGCCAAAGGAAGCAAAGCCGAGCAGAAAGCUAAGAAGAAGCAAGUCGAAGAAGACAUUUCAAAACUCUCCACCAAGCUCAAGGAGAAACAGCUGAAAGAGCUCGCCUCACAAGGUUUCAGCAGCACUAGUAGCAGCAGCGGCAACAUCUCCAAGGACGAGACAAAUGAGAAGAAAGGAGAUAUCGACACUUUGGUGAGAGCCAUCGCUGGAGUCUCAGUCACUGCUCAGCCAGAACACUCAAAGCCGAGCAAGAGCGUGAAGAGACGCGAGAAAAGAGCCAAAGAAGAGGCGGAUAGAGAGCAGAGAAUCAAAGAAGAGCAGAGCAACGUGACGAGUGAUCGUAUGGUCGAGAACCAAAAGCUAGAGAAGAAGCUUAAACCCCUGGGGCUAACCGUCAGCGAGAUCAAACCGGACGGGCACUGCCUUUACCGAGCUGUAGAAAGCCAGCUCGCCAAUCUCUCGGGCUGUGCGUCUCCUUACACGUACCAGAAGCUAAGAGAAAUGGCUGCUGCGUACAUGAGAGAUCACAAAACAGACUUCAUCCCGUUCUUCUUAUCAGAAACCGAGUCUGAGUCCGAGUCUGCGGAGGAGCGGUUUGAGAAAUACUGCAGAGAAGUCGAGUCAACGGCGGCUUGGGGCGGUCAGCUGGAGCUAGGGGCGUUGACGCAUUGCUUGAGGAAACACAUAAUGGUGUUUUCAGGAUCAUUUCCUGAUGUUGAAAUGGGCAAAGAGUAUAAGUCCAGUAAUGACUCCAGCCUCAUGUUAUCGUAUCACCGGCAUGCUUUUGGUCUCGGUGAACAUUAUAACUCCGUCGUACUCGUCAAGAACAUGACUGGAUGAUGAGCUUUGACGACUACUUUUGUUUGUAUCUUUAAUGUUUCUUGAUCUAUUGGCUACCCUGUAACUUUAAUUUUUCCUUUGUGCAACUGGAGAAAGCAUACUCUGUCCUCUAAUACAGUUCCAAGUUUUCAUUACA